AUGGUGGGUGAGCUUGGCUUUGCAGAACCGAAAGCUCCGGUGAGAGAGGAGGAGGGGGAGGAGAGGAGGAGUGGGGGAAGUGUGACUGAUGUGUGUGAAUUGGGUAUCCCCUCCACACCAGAGCCUUUGGCCAACCAGAAUGAAGACAAGAACAUAGUGAAGGACCUUCUGACAUCAGACGACUCAGCUAUCUCAGACCUCUCCCCAGACACAGAGUCCUACCCCUCCACCAAGACAGACCCCUCCACCAAGACAGACCCCUCCACCAAGACAGACCCCUCCACCAAGACAGACCCCUCCACCAAGACAGAUGCUAGACCUGGCACCCCUGGGUCUGGCACCAGCCCCCAUCCCAAAAAAGGAGAUGGGUUGACGACAGCGCAACGACAGAAGCUGGCUAAGGAGCGGAGGGAGGAGAGGGCCAAAUACAUUGAACAGCAAACUCAGCUGCAAGCGACUAAGAAGACCCAGUGGCUGGAGAAGGAGGAGAAGGCGAGGCGUCUGAGGGAGAGUCAGCUGGAGGAACGUAGGAGGAGGCUGGAGGACCAGAGACUGAAGCUUGAGAAACGCAGAGCCCUCCUGGAAGAGAAACAGAGGCAGAAACUAGAGAAGAACAAGGAGCGUUAUGAGGCGGCCAUCAAGAAGUCAACCAAAAAGACUUGGGCUGAGAUCCGUCAGCAGAGAUGGUCCUGGGCUGGCGGCCUCAACCAGACCUCGCGCAGACAAAGCAGAUGUUCGGCCUCUACUGUCAACUUACCGAGACAGGUGGACCCUGUCAUUAACAACAGGCUGUCCAAGUCCUCUGCCACCCUCUGGAACUCCCCCAACAGAACCCGCAGUCUGCGUCUUAGUCCGUGGGAGAGCCGCAUCGUGGAGAGGCUCAUGACUCCCACCCUGUCCUUCCUGGCCCGUAGCCGCAGCGCCGUGACCCUGAUCAACACUAGCGACUCCCGGGACCCCUACUCUCACCACUACUCCCGUUCAGCCUCCGCCAGCCCCCUGGACGCCUGCUCCCACCACCACCCUCACCGGAACUCCUCCGAACGCUGGAGGGGAGGAGUGUCCGCCAGCACGCCCGACAUCACACAGCGCCAACGCCGACGGAACUCAACGCUGUUGGAUAAGAAGAAGAAAGAGAAGAAAGACAAGGAGAGGGAGAAUGAAAAAGAGAAAGUUCUGAAGAAGUUCCCAACGCCGACCAGAUCCAGGCCGGAGUUCAGCAGUACCCCAAAACCCCAAAACCGACCUCCAUCACCUGUGGCCCCCAAAAGCAAACUGUUGUCCCCCUGCCCUCCAAUGGCUCCCAAGACCCCCUCCACGGGCAAGAAGAUCCCCACAGGCACCAAGACCCGCCCCAAAAGAGCCCAGACCCCUGUCAGGGUACAGCUUCAGCCGGUCACCGUGGAAACUAACAACAAGCCCCAUCAGCCAGACACUCCUGAGGAGACAAAGAGCUCCAGUAAUGUUCCUGCUAUAAUGGUGUCUUCGGRGCCGGUGACACAAACAUCUCUUAGUGCACCAGUCACAGUGGCCGCCUCUACCCAAGCCUCAAACCUACAGCUGGCUGCCUCUGCUGCCUCAACUCCCACAACUGCCCCAGCUGCCUCAUCUGCCCCGGCUGCCUCAUCUGCCCCGGCUACCUCAUCUACUGCUGCCACUCUGGCUUCCAGGCCCUCAGCCGGCACCAACGACCCAGAGGAAGCAGCUCGAGUCCUGGCUGAGAAACGCAGACAGGCCCGGGAGCAACGGGAGAGAGAGGAGCAGGAGCGCCUGGAGCAGGAGAAGAGGAAACGGAUUGCUCGUGAGGAGGGCAUGGCUCGGCAGGCGGAGGAGAGGAGGCGCAGGGAGGAGGAGGCACGCCUCAUGGCGAAGGAGCAGCUUCUGAGAGACGAGGCCCAGCGCCUGGAGGAGGAGAAGGAGGCGAAGGAGAAAGCCAAGGCGGAACAGGAGGAGAACCAACGCCUGCAGAAACAGAGGGAGGAGGCCGAGGUCAAAGCUCGUGAGGAGGCGGAGCGUCAGCGCCUGGAGAGAGAGAAGCACUUUCAGAAGGAGGAACAGGCGCGCCUGGAGAGAAAGAAGCGCCUUGAGGAAAUCAUGAAGAGAACUCGUAAAAGUACUGAUGCAGGACAAAAGGUGAUUGAUCCUUCACUGCCGAAUGAGUCUAAUUCUCCAGCACAGGUCAAUGGCAAAGAUACUACGAAGAACAGUAAAGCUCCUAAGAUGCAGCAGAUUGAAGCAGAAUCCAGCCCUGUGCUGAAUGUUGUCCGGCCAGCCAUGCACCAGAAUGGCCUCUCAGCCAAUGGGAAGGCAGCUGACUUUGAGCAGAUCAUCCAGCUGUCCAAUCACAGCAGGAGCAGCAACGGUGGGCCGGGAAAACCGGGGAGUGGCAUCGUCAGUGACCCAAUCCUGGCCUUCGAGGGAGGAGAGCCCUUCCUGAUGAAAACGGGUUCCAUGAAGCCUCUGCAUGCUGCAGAAGUUCUUUGAGACACCAGGCUUCCACACGCUUUACGCCACCGGUUGAUCUAGUUGAUGCGUGCCACACACUGCAACAGCUUAUAAAGGAAGUGUGCCAAACAAACAAACUAUGGACUAAACUUUUAAAUCACAUAAAAACAUCAAAUUCCACAGAGGUCAAGAGGGAGGAAGAAAACUCUGUGAAGAAAAAAGAAAAAAACGUAAUGAAAAAAAUAUCGUCUGUCUUCUCGGCAUGUUUUGGUGCAACAUACAUUGAGUUUUGUUGAAAAUGUCAAAUGCAGAUUUUAUGGUGCACCUUAAAUGGCUGACAAUGUAAUAUGAGGAGUUUUAGAGCAUUGUAAGACCUGGAUUUAUACAGUAUUUGACUACGGUUGUUGUUAUCAUUGUUGUUAUGCUAUUGCUGUUGUUAUCUUAAGUUGAACAAAGUGUGUGUUUGUUAGUCUUGAAUAAUUGGGUUAUUUAACUAGGGGAGGAAGCAGUGUGCUGUCAGGGGAAGCUGUGGGAUAAAUGUUAAUGAAAGGGAGAAGACGUCUCUAUUUCUUUCUGUCUAUCUGUCUGUCUGUCUGUCUGCAUGUAUGUGUCUCUGUCUGCGUGUAUGUCUGUCUCUGCCUGUCCCUGUCCGUCUGUUUGUCUGCCUGUCUAUCUGCCUCUCAUUUAACUGAGAUAUGAUACAGACUAAAGAGUAAGUUUGAUCUGUGUGGACAUCGACUCUACUGGGUUAACAUCUGACAUGUCUGCCAUAACCUUCAUGUUUCAUCUGAGAUAGAGUCUUAAUGUUUCUCUGGCUCGUUUCUUCUUCAAUUGUAUUGCUGUUGUGAUACAGAAUAAGUUUAGGUUGGUUUCUUCAGCAGUUCCCAUGGCGAUCACAUUAAUACAGGUAGGACUAUCAGCA